GCAAUAUCUCUUGUAUUGCUAUAAAACGGUUCUAAAUACACCUGUUUGAUGUUUUCAUCUGUUCUCUCAAUCGACAUCCAUCAGAUCACAAAUCUCCCCUUCCAAAUAUGGUAGCUCGACAUUCAGCCCAUCUCCACCCAUCAUCACUUUAUCCGCAUCAAGCUCACGUCCUACACAAAAUAGCCUGUCAAGCCAAAACCUUUCCAGAAUUAACCGUAAAAGUGACAACCGGUUAUUACUAUUAAUAUUUACCUCCAUUCUACGAACAAGAACUUGUCUCAGAACCACGCAAAAGGCGGAGUUUCCGCUGCAUGUUGUUCGGCUUCACCCGAUUACGUCAGGUUUGCCCCGCGAUUUCUGGUCAACAGCAUCGUUUAAGAAGAGCUAUAAAUACAUCGACGUGUCCCUUGAAGAUAAUCUCUGCAAUCCCUAGAAUUACUACAUAUUAUUUGGUUAAAGUGCAUAAAAUGGAAACUCCCUUCAAAUGGUCGGCGCCGCCUGGUAGUGAUAUCUGGAAACAACCUCCUUCUACUGACGUCUUCACUGCUCCCUUCACCACGCAUUCCAAGAAACCUCUGAAGCAGUUCAUCUCCGCAACUCUCACCUUCCGCACAAAAUACAUCCAUCAAUACGAUCAGGCCUGUCUUCUCCUAACCUUCACAAACCCCAACUCCCCCACGCCCCGCAAGUGGAUCAAAACCGGCAUCGAGCUAUACAACGAUCACCCGCGCUACUCAACCGUCACAUGCGAUCAAUGGGCAGAUUGGAGCGUUGAGAAAGUCGGCGCUGAAAAUGAAGCUGGCGUGAGAAAUGGUGAGAAGUGCGUUACUGUAAAGGUACAAAAGGUUCAGGAUGCGCUGGGUCUUUGUAUGUGGACGUAUAGGGUUGAUGAAGAUGGCGACAAGACACCGUUGAGACAGACGAAUUGGGUUUAUGGUGAUAAUGGUGGUGAGGGCUGGGAUUUAGAGGUUGCUGCUGCUGUCGCGAGACCUGAUCCGAAGAAGGAGAUCAAGGAGGAUCUUGAGGUUACCUUUGAGAAAUUUAAGGUUGAGUGGGAUGAAACCGCCUAAUAACAAACCUCAUUAUUUUUUAAGUAUAACAUCACAGACUUCACGUGCAAAGGAGCAUCAAUUGAGGUGGCCGAAU